CAAGAUGAUUCAAUUUAAGUGCCAAUAAAGCAGCGUAGUAGGAGGUAUUGAAAUCUUUGAUUCUAACAUGAAUAUCAAAAAUAAUUUUCUAAAUAUCUAUUAAUACCACAUAAUAUCAGGCAAUAUGCAUCUAAAAACUAAUCAUUUGGGAGAAAAUAAAUAACAAAAUAUUAUUACCAAAAAACUAACUAAAACUAACGUGUUCCGGAUUAUUGAAACCUUUGAUUUGAUGACGAUUUUGCAAACAUGGGCAUGAGCGUAGCAGAUCAUCUAGAAACACGUUCUUGAUUAAAAAAAAUGACUUAUGCCUUUGCUAACAAUAUUUUUGCCUCGUGCGUCUACCUCUACAAGCCGACCUGCCAAAUAAUUUUGGGACAAAUUGGUUGGCACAUGCAAUCAAUCAACAAGAAAGUGUAAUACUAGCCAUAGCCAUAUACACACAAACUCGAUGGGCAUGUACUUACGUGAAAUAAUCAAGUGUGUUUGUUAUCACCUGAUCUUGCCCCAUAUAUCAACGCAUACCAGUGGACACCCCGAAAACGCUGUUCCUCCGAACUCCCCAUCAAUCCAUCAUCUCCUUGGUCUCUCUUUCUAGAACGCCUUUUCUCGUUUCUGUGGCUAGCUACUCUCCGGCUGCUGUUGUUGAUUGCCAUUGCCGUUCUUGUCGUAGUUGUUGCGGUAGUUGUUGUGGCACCGGAGCAGCUGUAGAUGAUUACGAUGGGAUCUUAUUCUUCCUCAUGCCCCUAAUUUUGCUGGUAGUUUCGUUUGUGCUUUUCGUGGAGAUUAUAAGGUCAGCUGUCAUGCCUUUCAGAUGUUGCCACACUUUCUUGAGCUUGCCCUGCUGCGCGCACUUGCACGUGCGCGAUCGUUGUAUGCACAGGUUGGGCAGGGGCGGUGGGUGGCUUGGCUUCUUCUUUGUAAACUAACCCCCACCUCCAACCACAAAGUAAACCAGCUAUACUAGUGACCAAGAUAUGGAGUAUUGCUAAUUCACCGCCCAGCGGCCCCCUAGGCCUGGCCCCACAGGGAUCCUAAAAGGAGGUAAAUCAGCGGUGAAUGCUGGCCCGGAUAAAGCGUGGUGUCUCCGGAAUUUAACACAGUCAGCCCAGAUUAUUUAUCCAGUGCGCGUCCGUGGACCUUCGACCCUACGACUCAUUGUGCAAGGAUGCCACGCCUUAACCGGUUGAUCCAGCCCGCGGGGGCAAGGAGUAUUGCUAAUUCAUGCCCAUAUAUAUAUAUAUGUAUGCACUCUCCUGUGCAGCUGUGCUCCACCAGUCCUAACAAAAUUUAAUUAGUUGCUGAAGAUGAGCAUCACAGUGAAUGGGCAGUCGUGGGUGCCGCCGGGCUUCCGCUUCCAUCCCACAGAGGAAGAGCUCCUGAAUUACUACUUGAGAAAGAAGGUGGCGUGCGAGAAGAUCGACCCCGAUGUCAUCUGCGACGUCGACCUCAACAAGCUCGAGCCAUGGGACAUUCAAGAGGAAUGCAAGAUCGGAACAACGCCGCAGAACGACUGGUACUUCUUCAGCCACAAGGACAAGAAGUACCCGACCGGGACGCGAACCAACCGAGCCACGGCGGCCGGGUUUUGGAAGGCCACCGGCCGAGACAAGGUCAUCUACGCGGGCGUCGGACAGAUCGGGAUGAGGAAGACGUUGGUGUUCUACAGAGGCCGCGCUCCCCGCGGCCAGAAGUCCGAAUGGAUCAUGCAUGAAUACAGACUCGACGAUGACUUAAUCAACGCGACGACUGGAUUGGCUGGAGAAGUGGCGGCAAAUCAAGAAGACUGUUGGGUAGUAUGCAGGGCGUUCAAGAAGAAGAACGUCGUCGCCAGCAGCAGCUGCCAGCAGAAGAGCUUCGACGUCGUGAACUGCGACGGCGGACUGCGCCGGAUACUCCACUACACAGGCAGGUCCUGCAUGGAAGAGUCGACGUCGACGGCGAGCGAAGUCACGAAGCUUCCGGCCGCGCUGCAGAGUCCGACUCCCCUUCCGUGGCUGAUACCCGACGAGGACUGCGCCGGGCAUGAAAUAGUUCAAGCGGAGGAGCCUGCGGCCGGCAUCGAAAGCUACGGCGGAGUCGCCGGCGGAUCAUGGUCCGCUCUCGACCGGUUUCUUUAUACGUCGUCGGAGAUGGAUCACGCUAACCAAAUCCCCUCAUUUGAGGGCGCAGCGGGUUUGAGUGGAGUUCUGUGCUCGCCUCCUCCGAGCUUCUUCGCCGUGGACUACGACCAGCUUCACAUUAAUGGCGAUGCGUCCCUUCAAAAUUAAGCGAUCGUAGCAUCAAUCGCUCGUCAGAGUCCGCAUUUUGUUAGUUGGGCUGGCGUUACGUUGUUAGAGAGCUUUAAUCGUACAGAGCUUGUUACCCACCAUUAUAUCUUACUAUUUCUUACUAUUUUA